AUGAGUGCAGUGAAUUCGGACAAUAAACAAAUCUCUAGUACCCUCUCUAUUGAAGCUGAAUCUUUUACUCCAGGAAAAAUGUGCAAUUCUGAUGAAAGUAAAAAUAACGCUAGGCUUUCCGGUGAACUUCCUAGCAUCUACACAGGUACUACUUCUCUUCAAGUGGAAGAAAGAGUAUCUAGAGGUGAAAAUAAAGAAGUAUUACUAUGUACAGUUCUUAUCAAGGCUUUAGAUUCUUCUGGGAGGUUUCAGUUAUGUCGUGCCUUAUUAGACCCUGGUAGUCAAGCUAAUUUUAUUACUGAAGAUUGUGUUAAUCGACUUGGAUUAGGUAGAAAAAAGGCAAACAUAGCGGUGUCAUGCCUUGGCGCUACUGCCGCUCGUACUAAUGGUCUUGUAGACUUGGAGUUUUCUCCGCAUUUCGAUUCUAAGCCAAAGCUUAAAAGUUCAGCAUUUGUAAUGAAUAAAAUUGUGGGAAAUCUACCGCACACAUCAAUUGAUGUUAGAAUUCAAGAAGCCUUCAAGGAUCUAGUACUCGCAGACCCCUCUUUUCAUAAGUCAGCUCGAAUUGACAUUUUGCUUGGUAUAGAUAUUUUCCUUCAAGUGUUAAAAGGUGAAAUUAGCAACAGAGGUGAUGGGUAUCCCUCAGCAGUUCGUUCUUCUUUUGGCUGGAUCAUUUCAGGAUCUGUCAAUUUAUUUAGGGAUAAUGUUCCACUUGUGUUAAAUAAUAUAGAUAUUGAUACUAAUGAACUUAUUUCUAAGUUUUGGGAGUUGGACUCGGUGCCAUCUGUUAGUUUUCUAUCAAGUGCUGAGAAGGCUUGUGAGGAACAUUUCAAAAAUACUCAUUCUAGGGCUGAGGAUGGAAAAUACAUAGUAAAAUUGCCUUUCCACACCUCUCCAAAAGAAUUAGGUGAAUCUAGACAGCAUGCUUUACGCAGGUUGAAUGCAGUUGAACGUUCCUUAAGCUCAAACCCGGCAAAAUAUAAACAGUACCAGGAUUUUAUGAAGGAAUAUCUUGAACUGAAACACAUGGAACCUGUUCCCGAAACUGAUUAUGCAAAGAGUGAAGCAUAUUACAUUCCUCAUUUUCCAGUUUUGAGAGAGUCUAGUACAACAACGAAAUUGAGGGUGGUGUUUGAUGCAUCGUCCAAAUCAUCAUCAGGAUACUCCCUAAAUGAUCUAUUGAUGGUGGGCCCACGCUUGCAGUUGGAAUUGUAUCCCAUUCUACUUCGAUUCAGAACAUUUCCAGUUGCAGUCUGUGCCGAUGUGGAGAAAAUGUUUCGACAAAUAAGGGUACAUCCUGAAGACGUAGAUUGGCAGAGAAUUUUGUGGAGAAGUAAUUUAGAAGAACCGGUAAAAGAAUACAGAUUGCUCACGGUAACGUAUGGAACUGCAAGUGCGCCAUUUCUCUCCACGAGAACAAUACAUCAGCUUGCCUUAGACGAGAAGGAUAGCUAUCCCCUUGCUUCAAACGCUACAUUGAAUCAUUUUUACGUUGAUGACCUUUUAAGUGGUGCGUCAUCGGAAGAAGAAGCAUCAGAGCUUGUGAAGCAGUUAAAGACUAUGAUGGCAAAGGGAGGAUUUAAUCUUCGUAAGUGGAAAUCUAAUAACACCAACGUGAUUAAAGAAUUCCUAGAUGAAGAAGAGGCUGCAAACUUAGAAACUGAAGUUAAGGUUCUUGAGGCCUGUCUCAACUCCAGACCUCUUACCGCAUUAUCAUCCGACCCAUUAGACCUCAGUGCCCUGACUCCAGCUCAUUUUCUUGUUGGGGGUCCCAUUCACCAAUUUCCUGAGCCAAGUACUUCAUCUAGAGCUUCUUCUCUCUCUGAGAGAUGGAAGCUCAUUCAGAGACUUCGCCUGGAUUUCUGGAACCGCUGGUCAAGAGAUUAUCUUCAUACUCUUCAACCUCGCUCCAAGUGGUGGAAGGAGCAGCCAAAUUUGAAAGUUGGGGACAUUGUUCUAGUUCACAGAGAAAAUGCCGCGCCACUAGAGUGGACUCUUGGUCGGAUUGUUGAACUUUUUCCCGGAACUGAUGGAAGCGUCUGA